AUGAAGGGGCCGUCGGUGGGCGCGCAGGUGCUGCUGGCGGCAGGCUUGCCUGACACGUGUAGCGUCCGGAGGUUCAUGUCGCGGGUCACAUCCGUGCGCGGGUUCAGCAGCGAAGGGGUCCCCGUAACUGUUCCUUUUUUUCCCCCUCCCACCCUUGUAGCUUGCUGGGUGCUGGUGGAUGGUGAAGGGAUUGGACUACUCCGAAAUGACGUUUACCAGAAAGAGGGCAGCGAAGAUUUGGCAGCUUCCCAGCUCCUUCCAGUCCGGGAGAUUUUGGAGCGUGAAAGAGAGCGAGAGGCGAGCGUCACCUCCUCUGGGGACAACUUCAGAGAACUCCCUGGAGUUGCGUUCCUGUCCAAGCCGCAAGAUCCUGUGACUCCCAAGAAAGAAGGGACAGGGAAGAAAAGAAAGAAGGGGAAGGGGAAGAAGAGAGACCCCUGCUUGCGAAAAUACAAGGAUUAUUGUAUCCAUGGAGAAUGCAGAUACAUCAAGGCACUAAAAGCGCCCUCCUGUGUGUGCCAGCAGGGGUACCAAGGAGAGCGCUGCCACGCUCUCAGCCUCCCCGUGGAGAACCCCUCCCGCAGCUACGACCACACAACAGUCUUGGCGGUCACGGCCGUGGUCCUGUCGUCCCUGUGCCUUAUCAUCAUUGGGGUGUUGUUGAUGCUCAGGUGUCACAAGCAAGGAGUUUACGAUGUAGAAAGCGAAGAGAAGGUUAAGCUGGGCAUCACCGUCAAUCACUGAUGCACCCUGGGACUACAAGGAUGCAAGAGCAGCUCUGCCUUCACAGCUCUGUGGAUAAUCCUUUUUCCAGGACACAUUUCAAAGCCAGAGGGGAGUUUAUAUGAGUAGAAGAGUGUGCUGUCUUCCGAGGGGUGGGACUGUGCUGAAUCAUUGCUGCUUUGAAGAAAGAAUACUGCCUCUCCACGUUGGAAGAACUGGACAAGCAGAGAGACAGACAGGCAGUGGGCUUGUCCCUGAAAUGUGAAGCCACAGUGUACAGAGAAGAGUCAGGCCUUGCCUUAAUGACAUUGGAAAAAGUAGUCUUUGCAGACAGACAGUGGACUGGGAAACUGGAUUCCUUCGGACACACCCUCUGAGGAUUUAACUGUGAAAGACUGCUGAAGAAAUCUAACUUUGGAACUUCAUUAAAGAGAGGAAACUAUUUAACAAGAUAUUUCAUUUUAAAUUAUAUAUUUAUUUUAGAUACACAUUGUACAUAUUAUUAUUUAUUUAGGGCUUGAUCCUGUUGUCCUGCCGUUGGAGAAGAGAGACAGGAGAAUUUUGCAGUGUAAUACUCUAAUAAAUAACUUUUUGUUAA